CUCUUUGUGUCUUCUGAAAGAAAAAAAAAAAAUUCAAGUUCCGGGCACUGUGGAAUUUCGUGGCGGCAUAUAUCUCACCAGGGUUAAGUGAAAAAUCUCUACCAACGCACGGAGACAGCUACCAGUUUCGUUUCUUAGCUACCUUGGUUUUUCAAUUUGAAAAGUGGUUCUAGGUUAAGAGAUAUUACAAAACAAUUGCACACUCUGGAAAACUGAACUUUUUAUACUGGGACAGUUUCAGUGUGCUGGACAUUUUAUUGUAUACCUUAAACAGACAGAAAUAUAAAAGCAAAAUCUACAUAAAGAAAAAACUCAAAAUGGAUAGCCUGGGAUUAGAAGCCCACCGCGCUAGGGUGAACGACCUACGAGAAAAGAUGACACGAACCAAGACAAUACAAGAACCGGAUCACGACCACGACGACGGGGAUCAUGGAGGAUCCGGGGAUCCGGCGAAGUCGGGCUUUAAGCGAUGCCUUACGACUCUGGACUUAACCUCCUUGGGGGUGGGGAGUUGUUGCGGAACGGGGAUGUACGUCGUCGCAGGUCUCGUGGCUCGGGACGUUGCCGGCCCUGGUGUUAUCAUAUCCUUUGCCAUCGCCGCCAUUGCAUCUAUUUUGUCAGGUGUGUGUUAUGCAGAAUUUGGAGUGCGCGUCCCUAAAACAACAGGCUCCGCCUACAUGUACAGUUACGUCACAGUGGGAGAGUUCAUCGCCUUUGUGAUUGGUUGGAAUCUCAUAUUGGAAUACAUGAUUGGCUCAGCAGCUGGUGCGUGCGCGUUGAGCGCGUGCCUGGAUGCUCUUACCAAUCACACCGUUAGUACAUAUAUGGCUGCACAUUUAGCCCCUGUUAUUGAGAGACCGUACCCCGAUUUCGUCGCUUUUUUCAUCGGAUUUGUAAUGACUUGUGUUUUGGCGGGAGGAGUCAGUAAAUCUGUAAUGUUCAACAACAUUCUGAACGCCAUCAACAUCGCAGUUUGGGUGUUCAUUGUGAUCUGCGGGUUAUUUUACGUCGACAGCAAGAACUGGACUCAGAAUGGCUUCAUGCCGUAUGGAUUUAAAGGGGUUUUAUCUGGUGCCGCCACGUGCUUUUACGCCUUCAUUGGAUUCGACAUCAUAGCCACCACGGGUGAGGAGGCUCGAAACCCGAGCAGGAGCAUCCCUAUAGCCAUUGUGGGGUCGCUAUUCACGUGUCUCACAGCUUAUGUCUCGGUCAGCGUGAUCCUAACACUCAUGUUGCCUUACUUCAUGAUCAAUGGAGACUCUGCCUUGGUGGACAUGUUUGUUCAGCGUGGUGCUCUGGAUGCGGCCAAAUACGUGGUGGCUUUCGGCUCUAUCUGUGCUCUCACUGUCAGUCUUCUGGGCUCGAUGUUCCCUAUGCCUAGAGUAAUAUAUGCAAUGGCUCGAGACGGCCUGUUAUUUGAGUUUUUAGAAAGAAUAAACAGCAGGACCAAAACGCCACUUCUUGCCACCAUAGUUUCUGGGGUGCUAGCGUCAUUUAUCGCCAUGCUGGUUGGUUUGUCCACUCUGGUCCAGAUGAUGUCAAUUGGUACACUGAUGGCUUAUACGUUGGUCUCCAUAUCUAUACUUAUCCUGCGAUAUCAACCGGAUACGGAAGUAGUAGUUCCGCAGCAAGUUGAUGGCCCGGAUCUGGAGUACACUGCGGGUAGGGACCCGGAUUUUGGCGACGGAACAAGACAAAAAUACAAAGACGACGAAUUCCUCUUGCCCUCCCAGGGUGAUGGGAAAUCGUCUUCAUACGGUAGCGUUCCAUUUGAGGAUGACAUGCAAAGACUUGGAUGGUUCAAAAGAAAUUGUAAACUUAUCAAAAUGCAUCUUGGUAUACCUGGAGAUGAGGCAGAACCUAGUGACAGGAGUGCACGGAUUGUUAUCAUAACUGUGGCUGUGAUGUUUCUGGUGAUGAUUAUGUUUUGCCUGUUGGUCGACUUUGGCGGCGAAUAUAUUAUAGAUGGCGCUGCUUGGGCUAUCAUUUUAGCUAUUGUCUUACUUCUGGUCAUAGCGGCCGGAGUGUUUACCAUUUUGAGACAGCCAAUGAAUAGGAGAAAAUUCCAGUUUAUGGCACCAGCUGUUCCAUACCUCCCAGCCGGCGCCAUGUUCAUCAACAUUUACCUAAUGCUCAAGUUGCCUCCUUUGACGUGGGCGAGAUUGGGGGUGUGGUUACUUGUAGGUUUUCUUAUAUAUUUCCUGUACAGCAUACACAACAGCAAGAAGGGAAAGAACAUGCUAGAAAAGCAAAAACUGCAGGAAAUGACCGCUAUUGAUCACCCACAGUCGAUGACAAAUGGCACCGUAAGUCACGCAGAAGAUCACGUGCAUCCAAAUGGCAUAACGCAUGCGCAAGAUGAGGCGCCUAAAUACAUGGCGAGUAAUGGUUUUAACCAUCCCGGAGGUCCAUGAUGAAAAAAAAGGUGCACAAGGGUUAGGAGAGAAGAACGAUCUGUUUUCGACAUUCUUUUUCUUUUGCAAUUAUGUUCGAAAAAAAGACGCGUGCUGCACUAUAGAGCCUGUGACUUAUCGGAAUUUCGUCUGGAGAAAAAUUCAACAUGUGUUUUCUUUAGAUUAAAACGCGAAAUAAAAGCAGUGUAAAGCAAGGGCAUUAUGUGCUUACAGCUUACCAAGUGCUGUUCUGGGAAUAGGGUCUAAGUUAGGACACAUGAUUUAAAAAGCACCAAUUGGAAGCUUUAAUCCGUUUAAUGUACAGUUAAAAGAUUAACCAAAGGCCUAGAUUAAAGCAUAUUUCUCUCUAUAAGUCACACCGUUACCCAUGUUAUUGAAACCAGAAUCUAGAUUUUCUCUGUUCGCGGAGUAGAAGAGUUGAAAUCAAAAAUACAAUGCAGGUCUUAACAUGCAGCCACCAAAGAGCAUGCUGACGAUGUAUGGUGAGACCCAGCACAAGACCCCUUAACUGAAUCUUAAGCCAUCAUCAUUUACAUUUACCUUGGAACAUAGUCUAUUUAAACUUUCACGUGCGUUCUAGAGAAUGUCAAUAAAGAUGUUGCAUGAACAACAAAGUUUUUGGGCUUAACGGGUCAUAAGUUCUCAAGGUGGGGCGUUCUCAAGCAAAGCAUAUUUGCACGGAUUAUAACUCAAGCGCUGACACUUUCUUAAAUGGUUAUAUCUUUAUGUGCACUGUUUUUCCCCCGGCACUGUAGCGUACAAACUAUGGGGCAAUGUGUACGCAUUCAAGCGAUUCCAAACUGA